AGCAGGAAGUAGCUGGGACUCAUUGAAAGCCAUUGAGAGGCCUGGGCGCCGCCGCCGUUACGUUACUUUUCACCGUAGUACCGUUGUUGGAGAAAAGCGGCCGUUUGUUUCCACACGAUGUCAAAGAACACCGUGUCCGACCGUUUCAGGAAGGUAGAUGUGGACGAGUACGACGAAAACAAGUUUGUGGACGAGGAGGAUGGAGGCGAGAACCAGAUGGGACCAGAUGAGGCAGAAGUGGACGCUCUUAUACGACAAGGGAACUUGAUGGAGGCCCUACAAGCUGUUCUCAAGAACCCGCCAAUAAACACAAAGAACCAGAACGUCAAGGACCGAGCAGAGGGCCUCGUGCUGAAGGUGCUCAGCUCCUUCAAGAGCAGCGACAUUGAGAAGGCGGUGCAGUCGCUGGACAAGAGUGGUGUGGACCUCCUCAUGAAGUACAUCUACAAGGGAUUUGAGAGGCCGUCAGAGAACAGCAGCGCGGUGCUGCUGCAGUGGCAUGAAAAGGCAUUGACUGCGGGAGGAGUCGGCUCAAUCGUACGAGUGCUAACAGCCAGGAAGACGGUCUGAUGAGUCCGCAUUUGCUCCACGUGACCUUCCGGAAGAAUCUCUCUUGCAUCUCCGCUCAGUUUCACCUUCUUCGCCUCUGCUUCCUCCCCACCUAUUUCCAUUUCCUUUGUCUGACCACUUCUGCUGCCACUUAACCAGAGUCCCUCCUGCCAGUGGUGAAGUGCCAAACGCCACUUCAGUGAGGCAGACUUCGUUUUAAAUGCAGGUGGUUAGUUUUUACUCUGGACUGUUGGUACAUAUAUGGUUCCUUUUCACAGAGUGAGUUACUAGUUCUUCUUCAUGGUGGCAGUUUCAGAGGAGUUACUGUUAAUUUGCCAGGGCUCUGUGCAAAUCCCAGCUCAUACCCAAGAGCUUCCCAUUGCAGAAGUCCUCUUCCAACCUGCGCAAACAUCAGUUUACCCUGGAGAGCAUUGAUGUGGUUCGACUGAUCUUCAAGGGUAUUCACUUACUGCCAUGAGAACAAAAAACCUCAGCCUUGGAUUAAGCAAGCUUUUUCUUAAACAUGGUCUAUGCCAAAUCAAAGAAAAUGUGUAUUUUCAUUGACGAGGUGCUCUCCUGUUAAAACUAUACUGUGAUCAACUGUUGAUACCUUUAGGGUUCGUACAAAAAUGAGUGCUUUUCAUUGAUUAAUUUGCAACAAUGGCUUUUGUUUCCAAGGGUUUAGGGUGUGUGAUUUCACUUAGUCACAGCUUGCAUUUCCCACUGUGCUGUCUGUGUGUGGUGAACCAGCGCAAUGGAGUGUGUUGAUUCCAUUGCAGUGCCUGUAUCUGCACUGUAGGUUUGCCAUUGAUGUGUCAGUGCCGUACUGCAGAUUCAUCAAAAAAAUCCAUAUUGAUCCCAGUCCACUGUAAGCAUAAUGCUUUUUAAGUGCUGAUUCAAAGGUCUGUUUCAUGAACAAUGCUUUUUUUUUUUUUUUUUUCCUCCCCUGCAAAGAUAGCAUCAGUCCAUACAGUAUUACAGAACUCUGUAUUUUAUUUCAGCUGCACAGGUUAAAAGGUAUAUUUUGAACAGCAGUAGUAUUUUUGGACCAAAUAUUAUUAAAUAAGGUAUAAUUUUUUUUUCUAACAGAAGCAUGUGGGUUAUUUUUACUUAGGGAUUGAUUGUGCAAUAAUGGUGAAAUUGGUGUAGGCACUUCUGUAUGAUUUUUUUUUUUUUUGGUAAUUUGAACAAAGUUCAUACAGGUACAAUGUUUGAUUAAAUCUUUUUUUUUUUUUUUUUUUUUUUUAAAAAAAAAAAAGAAAAAACAUCUUUAUGCCUCUGUGCUGUAUUUGUUCACCCAGGCCAAUGUGACCUUCACAGUAUGCUUUUUCCCUUCUUUUCAUCUGAGCUGUGAACUGAAACUUAGUUGCUUAGUCUAAUCUUAUAUUUCCAAACUGUCUGCAAAAAAAUAAAAUUUGAACAAUUUGUUA